AUGUCGAACAAGGACGACACGUUCGAUUCGGCGAGCGGCUCGGCUCCCGAUCUCCAGAUCCUCGGCGACGAAAUCACCCUCCAGCCGAGCGGCUAUGUCGAGCCGCAGGGUGGUAUCGAGGGCAAGGAGCAGGCCUUGAUGCACCAGUUUGCCUCUUUCCGCUCUGAGCCUCUACAGUUUCUGCGCGAAGUCUCCCUCUACGUGUCCGGCCAAGGAUGGCGAGCCUACGACCGGGUUGUUGGACAGCCCGUCUUCUACUCAGGCUUCUCCGAGAACAUGAAGUCCAUGGUGCUCUCGGCGCCGCUGCUCCAGAAGCGAAUCAGCCAACUCGCCGAGAAUCGCGUCACGGUUGAAGAACAGGAAGGCCUCUUGAACAAGAACGACAAAGACUACGCCAUCAAGCGCACGCAGAGGCGCAGUGUUCUCGAGAGUGGUCUGCAAGAGGUGGCCGAAAAGCUUACCGACGACAUGAUCUGCAAGAUGGAGAGCAAGACGUUUAUCCGUGGAGCUUAUUACAUGGUCACGCAGCUCUUGACUCGCGCAUAUCAUCAGGGCAUUCACGUCUCUAGCGAAGAGGUGUUGCGUCUCAGAAAGGUUGCCGACAUCGCUGCCAAGAAGAAGCAGAGCAUUGUCUUUCUGCCCAGCCACCGGUCGCACGUUGACUAUGUCUCUCUCCAGCUCAUCUGCUACCGCCUCGGCCUGACCCUGCCUGUAGUCGUUGCAGGAGACAAUCUGAACUUCCCUCUCGUCGGCAACUUCUUGCAGCACGCUGGUGCUAUGUGGAUCAGGAGGUCCUUUGGCGACGACGCGCUGUACACGACACUCGUCCAGUCUUAUAUCGACACGCUACUACAGGAAGGUUACAACUUCGAGUGCUUCAUCGAAGGCGGAAGGUCACGAACGGGCAAGCUCUUGCCUCCCAAGUUCGGCAUCCUGAGCUUCAUUCUCGACAGCAUCCUGUCGGGUCGCGUCGAAGACACCAUCAUCUGCCCCGUCAGCACGCAGUACGACAAGGUCAUCGAGACGGAGGGCUACGUCACCGAGCUCCUCGGCGUGCCCAAGAAGAAGGAAAACCUUGCCGACUUCCUCUCCGGCGGCUCUUCGGUCCUGUCUCUGAAGCUGGGCAGAGUCGAUGUUCGCUUCCACGAACCCUGGAGUCUGCGAAAGUUCAUCGACGACCAGCUGACUCGACUGCCGAGGAUCCCACCCGGCCUCGACACCGACCACCGCAACCCAGAAGUCCGCGCAGUGAGGGAAAAGAUCCUGCGCACAAUGGGCUACAAGGUGCUCGGCGAUAUCAACGCCGUGUCGGUCGUCAUGCCCACUGCCCUGAUUGGUACGGUACUCCUGACUCUUCGUGGCCGUGGCGUCGGAAAGCAGGAGCUGCUGCGCCGUGUGGAAUGGCUGACGGAGCGAGUCCGCGCCAAGGGUGGUCGCGUCGCUCACUUUGGCAAUGCGCCCCUGUCGGAGAUUGUGAAUCGUGGCCUCGAGGUGUUGGGCAAGGAACUGGUGGGAGUCGUGGACGGGCUCGCUGAGCCGACUUACUAUGCUGUGGAUCGCUUCCAGCUCUCCUUUUAUCGCAACAUGACGAUCCACCUCUUCAUAUAUGAGGCUCUCGUCAGCGUUGCCAUGUACACCAAGGUCAAGCAAGGCGGCGGGCGCGCCAUGCAGGACAUUUGCUACCAGGAGCUCCGCGAUCACGUCUUCUUCCUCUCUUCGCUGUUCCGUGGGGAGUUCAUCUUCUCAGCCGCCGGUCUGGUGACCAACCUGGACAACACACUGCGGGGCUUGGAGAACGACCACGUCGUUCGCCUCGACCGCGACCCCGAGGGCAACAUCACAACCAUCGGCCUCUCCGACCAGGAGAGGAAGGCGGGUCGGGAGAACUACGACUUUUACUGCUUCCUCAUCUGGCCGUUCAUCGAGGCCAGCUGGCUCGCGGCCGUGUCGCUCAUGGGCCUGACUCCGCCGUUGGAGGAGAAGGAGGACAUUUGGAUUGAGCAGACCAAGGCGCAGAACAGCGCCCAGGUGCUCGGCAAGACGCUCUACCACCAAGGCGACCUCUCCUACUUCGAGGCCGUGAACAAGGAGACGCUCAAGAACUCGUACACGCGCUUCGAGCAGGACCAGAUGGUGCACGUGGUCAAGUCCAAGGACCCCAAGAUCCCGCCGCGCAUCCAGCUCGACCCGUCGUGGCGGCCCUCACGCGACCCGGAGACGGGCGCGCUCCGGCCCGACGGCAAGCUGUGGGACUUUACCGAGAAGAUCGCCAGCGCGCGCCGCGAGGGCAAGAAUCGCCGCGACGGCGCGACGGUCAGCUCGCGCGUGCUGCGCCUGACGGACGAGCUGGGCCGCAAGCUCUUCGUCGAGGCCGUCGAGGGCGACAAGGGUGGCAAGGGCAAGGGCAAGGUGCCGAGCGUGCUGAGCAGGGAGGAGAAGGAGACGCUGCGCAAGAGCGUCAAGGACGCGCGCAGGAGGAGGAAGGCCGAGGGGCGGCCGAACCUGUAA